AUGCAUCGAAAUGGAUUCGCCCUUCCAAGGGCAGUCAACAACAACGGCAACCACAACAAUGGUCAUAACAUCAACUUCAACUAUAACUUGAAUAAUAACAACAACCAUCGACUACAACCCCAAAAUGGAUACCACUUUCUCAACCCCCCUCAACAACUUUACCAACACCAAAAUCAUCAGCAACAUGGGCAGCAUCAGCAGCCACAGCAGCAGCAUCAGCCCCAUCAGCACCAACAUCAUCACAACCACCGACGACGGACCGUCUCAUCGGGAGAGGCUGAAAACGGCCAUACCCAAAGAUGUAUUGGAAAUGGCAACAAACUAAUCAACAAAGACAUAAAGGGUGACCUUCUCAAAAAGAAGACCGUUGAAAAGGCCAACUUGACUCUCAACCAAUACCGAAAGUCUGGAAAGUUUUGUGAUUUUGAAUUACACGUUGGCGAGAAAGUAUUCAAGGUGCACAAAGUGGUGCUCGCCGCGUCAAGUGGCUACUUUGAUGUGAUGUUCAACAACAAGGAAAACUUUAUUGAAAAUGAGGAAAAUAAGAUCAAUUUAAGCGAAGACGUCGAUCCUCAAACCUGCGAGACUCUUUUAACCUACAUCUACACUGGUGAAAUCACUGUCAAUGCAAAUAAUGUUCAGGACAUUGCCCGCAUCUCAAACAUGUUUGAACUCAUGGAGCUAGUCGAACACUGCUCCACCUUUUUGGAAAAAAGCAUUUCCAAGAACAACUGCAUUGGCAUUCUCCGGUUUGCCGACUUUUACGGUUUUCCACAGCUGUACUACACAACAAAGAGAUACGUGGANCUGGAAAAAAGCAUUUCCAAGAACAACUGCAUUGGCAUUCUCCGGUUUGCCGACUUUUACGGUUUUCCACAGCUGUACUACACAACAAAGAGAUACGUGGAGUAUCACUUUGCCGAAGUCUCCAGUGAAGAGGAGUUUCUCGAGCUGACGCCAAAGCUUCUUAAACAGUUCCUUCGCAGUGAAAGUCUGAGCAUCGACCACGAGACUCAAGUGCUGAUCGGCACACUGGACUGGAUCAUGAAGGACCAGAACGACCGUUUGCAGUACCUUGAGGAAUUCAUCAAUCUCAUUCGCAUGCCCUUGAUCUCGCCUGUUCAGCUGAAGAAGUGCAUCGCCAAGUACACCCUGCCAGCCAUUGCUGACGCGCUUGCUCCGUAUCUCAAGUCUCAGUCUUCCGGCGCCAAACUACCACCACCAGCGCCGAGUAGUCAUGAGCCUAUGGAGGAGAAGGACCUCAGCUACAGUCUAAUUCGCCAUCAGGCGCGAAUGUGCUCCCGACGGCGGGUCUACAUUAUCGGCGGUCUGAAGCACGUCAGCAAUGACCGGCAGAUGUCUAACACUCUGAACACCAUGGUGAAGCUGGACCUGCACACCGGCACCUGGGACGCCAGUGCGUCCUUUGGCUAUCAGCGCAGCUCGCACUGCGUCGUCAACUUCCAGGGAAAGAUCUUUCUCAUUGGCGGCGAGUGCGACUCGCUGAUUCUCGACACGGUGCAGGUCUUUGAUCCAGACACGGCCACUGGCGAGGCCACUUGGAAGGAAGUGGCCAGACUGACCACUCCUCGGUCCGCCUUUGGCGCCUGCGUCUACAAGAACAACAUCCUCGUCUUUGGGGGGAAGGGCCACUGCUCCGGACAUACCAUUGAGCGGUACGAUCCCGACACCGAGGAGUGGGAGAUCUGCGGAACGAUGCCGCAGUCCCUGCAGGGCAUGCAGGUGGUCGAGUACGACGGACUGAUCUACAUCAUUGGCGGGCGGUCGCCGGCACAGGGCUACAACUCGCUGAACACACUCCUCUGCUACAGCCCAGAGACGGGCGAGUUCAAGGAGCUGGCGCCCAUGAACAGUGCCCGCUCUGACUUUGGCU